AGGAGGCAGACACAGACCAAGCAGGCACCUUUGUUUGAGCAAGAAGGGCAGACACUACCCUUCUGGAAUCACCCAGCAUGUUACAAGGGCUGCUUCUGAUGGCUACUUUCCUCAUUUCUCCAGACCCAAUAAGUGGUAUAAAAGAACUCCCUGGGGUAAAGAUGUAUGAAGUGGUUUAUCCCAGAAGAAUUCAUCCACUACAUAAAAGAGAGGCCAAAAAUAUUAAGGAGCCAGAACAACAGGAAAAGUUUGAAAGUGAAUUGAAAUAUAAAAUGACAGUUAAUGGAAAAAUUGCAGUGCUUUAUUUGAAAAAAAGCAAGGAUCUUCUUGCACCAGGCUACACGGAAACACAUUAUAAUUCAACUGGGAAGGAGGUCACUACGAGCCCGCAGAUCAUGGAUGACUGUUAUUACCAAGGACACAUCCUUAAUGAAAAGGUUUCUGAUGCGAGCAUCAGCACAUGUAGGGGUCUACGGGGAUACUUCAGUCAGGGAGAUCAAAGGUACUACAUUGAACCUUUAAGCCCCACAAAUGAGGAUGGACAAGAGCAUGCACUCUUCAAGCAUGACCCUGAUGGAAAAAAUGCUAACAGCACCUGUGGGAUAGAUGAUGUGUUAUGGGCACAUGGAUCUCGGAAGAAUGUGGCCCCACCUGCCAACACUCUGAUUAAAUUGGAAGGACAGAAAGUUCGGGAAAAAAAGAAAUACGUAGAAUAUUAUUUGGUCCUGGAUAAUGGUGAGUUUAAAAAAUAUAAUCAAAAUCCAGAGGAGAUAAGAAAGAGGGUUUUUGAGAUGGCCAAUUACGUCAACAUGCUUUAUAAAACGCUCAAUACUCAUGUGGCCUUAGUUGGUAUGGAAAUAUGGACGGACAAGGAUAAGAUAGCGAUAACCCCAAAUGCAAGCUUCACCUUGGAAAAUUUUUCUAAAUGGAGGGGAAAUGUCCUCCUAAGAAGAAAGCGUCAUGAUAUUGCUCAGUUAAUCACGGCAACAGAACUUUCUGGAACAACUGUGGGCCUUGCUUUCAUGUCCACAAUGUGCUCUCCUUAUCAUUCUGUUGGCAUUGUUCAGGACCACAGUGACAACCUGCUUAGAGUCGCAGGGACAAUGGCCCAUGAAAUGGGCCACAACUUUGGAAUGUUUCAUGACUCCUAUGUUUGCAAGUGCCCUUCUACAAUAUGUGUGAUGGACAGAGCACUAAGCUUCUUUAUACCCAGAGAAUUCAGUUCCUGCAGCCGUGUCAGCUAUGACAAGUUCUUUGAAGAUAAAUUAUCAAAUUGCCUCUUGAAUGCUCCAUUGCCUACAGACAUCAUAUCAACCCCAACCUGUGGGAACCAGCUGGUCGAAAUGGGAGAGGACUGUGAUUGUGGGGAUCCUGAGGAAUGCACCAACAUUUGCUGUGAUGCUAAAACAUGUAAAAUCAAAGCAAGUUUUCAAUGUGCCUUAGGAGAAUGCUGUGAAAAAUGUCAAUUUAAAAUGGGUGGUGCUGUGUGCAGGCCAGCAAAGGAUGAGUGUGACCUGCCCGAAAUGUGUGAUGGUAGAUCUGGUAAUUGCCCUGAAGAUAGAUUCCGAGUCAAUGGCUUCCCAUGCCAAAACGGAAAGGGCUACUGCUUGAUGGGAACGUGCCCCACGCUGAAGGAGCAGUGCACUGAGAUGUGGGGACCAGCAACUGAGGUUGCAGAUAAAUCAUGUUUCAGCAGGAAUGAAGCGGGAUCAAAGUAUGGGUACUGUCACAAAGUGGAGGACACCCUCAUACCCUGUAAAGCAGUUGAUGCCAUGUGUGGGAAGUUGUUCUGUCAAGGUGGGUCAGAUAAUUUGCCCUGGAAAGGACGUAUAGUAACUUUCCAGACAUGUAAAACAUUUGAUCCUGAAGACACCAGUCAAGAAAUAGGCAUGGUGGCCAAUGGAACCAAAUGUGGAAAUAAGAAGGUUUGCAUUAAUGCAGAAUGUGUUGAUAUAGAGGAAGCCUACAAGUCAACCAAUUGCUCAUCUAAGUGCAAAGGACAUGCUGUUUGUGAUCACAAGCUCCAGUGUCAGUGUAAAGAAGGAUGGGCCCCUCCCAAUUGUGAUGACUCCACAACAGUCUUCUACUUCUCCAUUGUGGUUGGGGUGCUGUUCCCAGUGGCAGUCAUAUUUGUGGUGGUUGCUAUAGUAAUCCGGCACCAAAGCACCAGGGGAAAGCAGAAGAAGGUCCAGAGGCCACAGUCUGCUACUGUCACCAGGCCACACAAACAUAAGAGGAAACUCCAGUCAGUAAAAGCUGUUCAACCCCAAGAGAUGAGUCAGAUGAAGCUCCAUGUGUAUGAACUACCUGUUGAAGGCACUGAACCCCCAGCUUCUUUUCUAAUUACAAAGCCAGAUUUUCCACCACCGCCGAUUCCUACAUAUAUAUCAUCUUCCUCUUUCCUUCAUAAAGGCACAAAUGCACUGCCUUCUACUGUUUUCAAGGAUAAGUCAAUGUCUACACCAAAGGGCUCAAAUCCAAAAGUCUGAAGCAACAACCAAGCAAAGAUUGGUUGGUUAGUCAACUUUGAAGACUAGACAUUCUGGAUUGAGGAGAAAUACACUUACUUUGUAAUACCAUUUGCUUUCUGAUACCCCAAAUGGUUAACAUUUCUUGAUUCAUGUAAUAUUUCGAAGAGAUUAGACAAGAUUCUUCAAGAAAGACUUACCUUGAGAAUCUUUGUAUGAAUUUACAAUUUCUAUUCUCCAUACUCAUGUGAAGGAAGAUGACUCUGAAGAGACAGCUAUGAAGUUUAAUCACUAAUAAGGUAACUUUCCUAGGCUCACCUCCCCCACCCUUUUGUUUAUUGUGGUACUAACAACUAUUUGUCCAAUCAUUUUAAACACCUUGAUUUGCUUUUUUGGGUAGAAAUUAAUUCACCCUAUAAUGAAAAGCAAACAAAAAAAUCAUAGGAAACCAGAUAGGUUGGGAGAAAAAUUGUACAUUUAUCACUAGAUGAGUAGCAGCCUCUUGGUUGUUUUAACCAUUAUCUUGUCAAAUUAGAACACUCAAUUAAGAAGAAAAUUAUGUAAACUGUAAAUGCUCUCUGUGUCACAUAAGAUGUCUCCCUCCUACAUUGUCUUGUGAAGUCUUUAUUAGCUAUGUCAUUCAAGUUUUUCUACAACUGAGUAAAAUCUUAUUAAUUAAAAACUGUUUUAUCAUCAUAGGUAUUGCGUAAUUUAAUUGCUGGCAAGGUUAAAGUGAACUUCACUUUCCAUAUAGAAAAAGUUUUAGUUAAAUAAACUAAUAGUAUAAAUCCUAAGUUUAAAAACUGGUGGCUGGUAGGCCAUGUUUACCCUGCAGAUGUAUUUUAUGUGGCCUGAAUGAUGUUGACCACAUAGUAUUUGUAAAUAUUUUGAAUUUAUUGCCAAUAUUUAGAAAUUGAGAGUUCUUGAAUAAACAUCCAGAUUCCCAGCUUUCUUAAAGUAAUCAGAUCGUCUUUCAACAAUGAAAUAAAUUUCCCAACAGCAACAAUCAGCUUAGUUGAGUAAUGGCAACACAAAUGCUGUUGGUUGCCUACCAAAUAUCGCUCUUCUUCACUUUCAGAAUCCCAGUUUUAUUUGGGUAUCCACUAUUUAGGAAAGGUGAUUCUAAUCCCACCUCAGGAAUAAAUCCCCAUCACUCUAAAUCAAUCAAAAUAAUAUAAAUUCCCUUGGUUGAUUUGGGGAUGAGCAUGCAACCCCCUUUUUCUUGCUUGCCAUUGGCAUGAAGGAGGAGUUCUGUUGGGGAGUUUCUGAGAUUUCCUCAUCCCUUCUUCUAGAUGUUGGCAUAUAGAUAUCUCACCUCAUACUGUGGCAGCCAUAUUGUGAUUAUAAAGGCAAGGUGGAUAUACUGAAUAAGGUAGAGGAGAAAGAUUGAAAUGAAUAAAACAUGGUCCUUUAAUAAUGCCAUUGAAUUGCUGGAUUAAUGAACACUGGAAUCAUCCUGCACUUUGUUGGGGUUUCUCAUUAUGUGAGCAAUAAAUUUCCCAUAUUG